AUGAGCAUCCGUGUGGGAAUUAACGGCUUUGGCCGCAUUGGUCGUAUCGUCCUCCGUAACGCCAUUGAGCACGGUGACCUGGACGUCGUCGCCAUCAACGACCCCUUCAUUGACCUCGACUACAUGGUCUACAUGUUCAAGUACGACUCGACCCACGGCCGCUUCAAGGGCACCGUCGAGACCAAGGACGGCAAGCUCAUCAUCAACGGCAAGGCCAUCACCGUUCACGGCGAGCGUGACCCCUCGGCUAUUCCUUGGGGCCAGGACGGUGCCGACUACGUUGUCGAGUCCACCGGUGUCUUCACCACCAUCGACAAGGCCGGUGCCCACCUCAAGGGUGGUGCCAAGAAGGUCAUCAUCUCGGCUCCCUCGGCCGACGCCCCCAUGUUCGUCUGCGGUGUCAACCUUGACCAGUACAAGUCGGAGUACAAGGUCAUCUCGAACGCCUCGUGCACCACCAACUGCCUUGCUCCCCUCGCCAAGGUUAUCCACGACAACUUCGGCAUUGUCGAGGGUCUCAUGACCACCGUCCACGCCACCACCGCUACCCAGAAGACCGUCGACGGCCCCUCGGCCAAGGACUGGCGUGGUGGCCGUGGCGCUGCCGCCAACAUCAUCCCCUCGUCGACCGGUGCCGCCAAGGCUGUCGGCAAGGUCAUCCCCUCGCUCAACGGCAAGCUUACCGGCAUGUCGUUCCGUAUCCCUACCGCCGACGUUUCGGUUGUUGACCUCGUCGCCCGCCUCGAGAAGGGUGCCUCGUACGACGAGAUCAAGGCCUGCAUCAAGAAGGCCUCGGAGUCGCCCGAGCUCAAGGGCAUCCUCGGCUACACUGAGGACGACGUUGUCUCCACCGACUUCCUCGGCUCGACCGAGUCGUCGGUCUUCGACGCCAAGGCCGGUAUCGCCCUCAACGCCAACUUCGUCAAGCUCAUCUCGUGGUACGACAACGAGUACGGCUACUCGCGCCGCGUCUGCGACCUUAUCGCCUACGCCGCCAAGGUUGACGGCUCCGCUUAA